AUGACAACCUCACGACUACGAAGAGCAGCUCGCCUGAUCCUUAUUGGAGCGCCUGGAGUCGGCAAGGGAACACAGACCGAUCGCCUGUUGAAGCGCUUCCCUCACCUGUCUGCGAUCAGUUCGGGUGAUCUGCUACGAGAGAAUGUGAGGAACAAGACCCCGCUUGGCAUCCAAGCGGAACACCUCAUGAAGACCGGCGCUCUAGUCCCCGAUAGCAUGAUGCUGCGCCUGAUCCGCAACGCUUUCACCACUAAAGGCUGGUUGGUACCAGAGUCAGGCCUCAAGCCAUUCACUGUCAACUUCGACGCCGCGACAGCAAGCGAACCAAUCCGUCAGGACAGCUACAUGAAUCUCCCACAUCAAGAACACUUGGACACCGAAUACCGAUACUCCGAACAUCCAGAUGCCUCCUUCAUCCUCGAUGGCUUCCCACGAAAUGCCGCCCAGGCCGCGCAGCUCGAGAAGAUGAUCCCAGUGAACAUGGCAAUCCACGUCCACACUCCGGCUGAUAUCAUUGCCGAGCGCAUGGGGAACAGAUGGGUGCACGCUGCGAGUGGGAGAGUGUACAACACAACCUUCAAUGCGCCAAAGGUCGACGGCAAGGAUGACAUCACUGGAGAGGCAUUGAUUCAGCGCGACGAUGAUAAGCCUGAGGUGUGGAAGGCCCGGUUGAAGACGUUCGAGGAGAGCAGCAAGAGUCUUUUGGAUCACUAUGAGAGGAGAGGUGUGCUGUGGAAGGUCAGUGGUGACAGCAGCGAUGAGAUUACGCCGAGGUUGUUUGAGGAGUUUGGGAGGAGGUUCGGUGCGUAG